AAUUGUUGAAGAUGAAAAAGAAGAAACAUUGAUUUUGCCUUUCACCUGUUUGAUCAAAUUCCACACCUUGUGCUGAGAAAGAAACAAAUGUCUGUGACACCUGAUCGCAGUUACGGACGCACGUUGAUAUGGAUCAUUGCGAUUAUUUUGUUUACGUGUGUCCUCGUUGGAGGAGGGUGCCUUACAGAGUACAUGGUUCUCCCUGAGUCAAAAGUUCCAUCUUGGAUCCUCGUUUUAGGGUUCUUCUUGCUUUCUUUGCCGUGGGUCUUUUGGUUACUCACCUUCUUGUACCAAAUUUUCUCACGCUGUUGUGGAUGUAGAAUUGGUUUUGAUGUUGAAAGAGAAGGAUUAAAAGUUGGUGGCGGUGAUCGUGGCAGUGGUGGUGGUGCAACUGCUACCGUAGAUGAUCCAAAUGUUAAACCAAAUGCUAAUGGUAUAGAUAGGACUCUAUCUGUUCUAUCUGUUGCUUCACACGAGAGUCAAAUGCCAUUGGCAAAAUCAAUGGUCUCGUGAUCAAAUUCUGAUGGCUGGGUUCAUGCACACCCAUUUCUUUCAUUUGAAAUAAUUGUUUGUUAUCAGGUGGUGUAGUACUAAGUUGAAUUCAAGAAGCAAAUUUAUCUCGGAUCAUUUAUGUAACUGCAAAAUA